AUGUUAACUCCUAGCGUUGUCGAUCCGCUACGAGAAUGGUGCAGAAACUGUAUCAUCACUCUCGAAUACGCCUGUGGUAUCGGCAAGAGUAACUUCACAAUAAAAGAACUGAUUACCGCCUGUGCAGACCACGAAUACAUUAGACCACCACCAGGAGUGGUUUUGGUCAUCACAUCUGAUAUGGUGACCCAAGAGCAGCUGGAUCGGUUACUUGCCAAAGUCGUCUACUUGGAAAUGUGUAUUGAAAUCAAACACUCCAGUAUUAUGAGCUUGCGAAUACCUAACCUCAAAGAAAUAAGACCUUGUCAACCGGGUCGUCCAGCUAUCCUAAUUGAGAACAACGUUCACUUUGAGGAGCUUAUCAUACCACCAACUGCUAUAUAUCCGGCAGGAGAAUUGAUCAUCAGAAUUGUGCGAACUCCUUCUCUUCCGCACACAACUAUUAACGAGAUACAACAAUGGUGUCCAUACUGCACCGUCACUCAUGACUACAGUUCGUAG